GGGGAUGAAUAUUUCAGGCUGCGUUUCUAAUUAAAGAAACUUGGGCUCUCUUGCCCCCUCCUUCCUCACGCCCUCCUCCUCCUCCCCGCUCAAGCUGGGGCAGCUCUUUUUACGUCUGCGGGGAGGCAGCAUAAGAAGAGACUUGAGCCGCGAGGGAGCAAAACUUCAGUGGCGGUCGCUGCAGGCAGGCGAGUGAGCGCGACGCUCGCGGGGUUGCCAAGCGGGACUUGGAGUUGGUUGUCCACCCACUUGCAAGUCGAUACUCUCCGCCGCGGCGGCCACCUCAUGGACACCCUAUAAGCCUAUAUAAAGCGCGGCUAUGGAGUAGGUGGAAGAGACCAGGAGGCGUGUGCGCCAGCGAAAGGAGAGAGCGCAGCGGGCCAGGCAAGGCAGCAGCACCGGGCUCCCCCCACCGCUGCGGGCAGUCCAAGACCGUCUAAGGACUGGGAACAGCAGGCAGUAUAAACGAGGACCUUGGCUUCGUUUUCCGGGCUCCGUUCUCCGAAGUGCAAUGUGCCGACUCCUCAGGUCUCCUGCGCUGCUGGGACUGGUCCUGGUGAUGCUGUCAGCGGGGAACUGCAAGGAGAGCUCCGAAUCGAGCGCCGGGCUGAAGGAAAGGCAAAACCUCUUAAACUUGAUCAUGGAGAUCAUCCAGGAACUGAAAAAGUUCUAUUUGGAGGAGGACGAGGAGAACGGAGUUCAGUACACAUCCAAACGAGACUAUCUUCUGGACCGAAGGGAAGUCUCCGAUUAUGGAGCUUACGCGGACGAACAAAGAGUGGAAAUAGUUCCUAGAGAUCUGAGAAUGAAAGACAAGUUUUUAACGCAUUUAACAGGUCCUCUUUACUUUGGUCCAAAAUGCACUAAACACUUUCAUAGGCUUUAUCACAAUACAAGAGACUGCACCAUCCCUGCAUAUUAUAAAAGAUGUGCCAGGCUUCUUACCCGAUUGGCAGUAAGUCCAAUGUGCAUGGAAGGAUAAGCUGAUUCAACUAUCAAAAAGGGGGAAAAUAUCAAGAACCAAGAGAAGUGCCUUGGAAACCAACAGGGAAACUGAAUUUAACCACCUUUGUAAGAUAUUCCAUUGUGAACAAGAGAUUUAUUUUUGCAAGCUGA